AUGCAGUCCUGCUUCUUCUCGUCCAGCGACGUAAAGCGCGUCCAUGUUGAGUACAAGAUGGAGGUGGACGCAGAUCCUCCGCCCGCACCCCCGCCGGAAUCAACAGCGGCUGCUGAGCAGCUGCCAGGGCUGGCCGACAGCUGCAAAGCACCGACGGAGGAGGUGGACGCAGAGCGGGGCUUCACCGACGACGACCUCAACGCUUGCCUCAAGGUGUUGCACGCCUUCCGGGCGAAGCUGGACCUGCUGCAGCAGAAAGAGUAUCGUCCUCUACGGAGCGCAGGAAUCAUCUUUGUUGAGGGCAUCAGCAAGCGCUACUUCAAGGGUCUCUCGCCCGAGGAGUACAACCACAACAAAGCCCGGAAGAUUGCGCGCAAGGAGCGGAGAAAGCACGAAGCGCUGGAGGAUCAGAAGCGGCUGGCCAAGACGAAGAUGCGCGAGGACAAGCUGCGCAGGAUGGAGCGCCUGAUGGAGGGCGCCGCUUCGCCCCCACAGCUGAUGCUCAAGGGUUCAGCCGCAGCAGGAGCUAUCGGGGCCGAUGUGCAGACAGCCUUGGCGCUGCCUCCGGUCGACCCGCUUUCUCUGGGAGUGGUGACCAUCCCGGCCGAGCGUGUGGCCACGCGGUAUAACUCCGAGAGGAUCAACCUGAAGCGGAAGCGGAAGAACCAACAGCAGCAGCAGCAGCAGGGCGCUGUCGAGCAGCAAGCAAACAAGUCCAACGACGCGAGCAAGGGCAAGAGCAAGGGCAAGAACAAGAAGGGCACGCUGGGUGCGCAGACGACGAAACAGACUGCCGAGCGCAAGUCAGCGACUGCUGCCAAGCCUGCCGAGCCGCCCUCGCCUCCUUCGAGAGAAGAGGUGCAGAAGCGGGCCAAGAACGAAGCGCGGGGAACAGAGAACGAAGAACGAAGGAAGGAGAUCGAAAGCGAUAGGAUGGAUGAUGAGAGCCACCAUGCAACGGCGAAUGCCGAAGCAAAGGAGGAGGAGGAGCACAGGGGACCGAAGACGAAGGGCGAAGCAUCGCUCUCCGACGAAGACGAAGAGUCGGUGCUGCAUCAGCCGGAGGAGUGCUACAUCUGCAAGGCCACCUACCACAAGCUGCACCAUUUCUACGAUAGGUUGAACUGGAACAAGCGGGUCGCCACGGCGGACCUCAAGGGCUACAUCGCGCUCGUAACCGGCGGCCGGGUGAAGAUUGGGUUUGAGACUGCCGUCAUAUUGCUCCGUGCUGGCGCUACGGUGAUCGUCACCACCCGCUUCCCGCACGACGCAGCGCUUCGCUUCUCCAAACUUGCGGACUUUGGCGAGUGGCACUCGCGGCUGCACGUGUACGGCCUGGACAUGCGCUACCUCCAGGCCGUGGAGCAGUUCUGCCGCUUCGUGAAGAAGGCCUACUCGCACCUGGACAUCAUCAUCAACAACGCCGCGCAGACCAUUCGCAGGCCGCCCGCCUACUACGAGCACCUGAUCACCGCCGAGUCGGUCAACGUGGCUUCGCUGCCCGAACCCAUCCGGCACGUCCUGCAGCCGGAAGGGCUACCGGUCAAGCCCUGGGGCAACGACUACCUCCUGCCCCUCUUCUCUUCGUCGUCGUCGAGCACCACGGGCCUGUUUGAGUUGACGACCGGACCCAGCCCCGCCCUCGCGCCGCCCGCGCAACCUCCUGUCGCGCCCGUGGUCGAGGAGCCCGUCGACGACCAGGAAGCAGCCGCUGGCCUGGUGGCGGAGGAGAAGCACGCCCAAGCGGCCGAGGCAAAGGGGAACGAGAUGGAGGCGGCCGGCGGCAGGCCCGUGACGACCGAUCAGCCACCCAACCCCGCCUCGGCCCUGCCCAACAUCUCCGCUGUGUUGACGCAGCUGGCCGUGGCUAAGGGUGACGAGAAGAAAGACCCCAAGCUCUUCCCUCCCGGCCGGUACGACGAGCACGGCCAGCAGGUGGACCUUCGGCAUGCGAAUUCGUGGGUGCUCCAGCUCGACCAGGUCUCCACGGUCGAAUUGGCUGAAGUGCACGUCAUCAACGCGUUGGCGCCCUACACCAUCAACUCGCUUCUGCGCCCUCUGCUCAACCUGUCGCCAAACGCCGACAAGUUCAUCGUCAACGUUUCGUCUGUUGAGGGCGAGUUCUAUCACAAGAAGACGACUGCACACCCACACACGAACAUGGCCAAGGCCAGUCUCAACAUGAUGACGCGCACAGCUGCCGCCUACUACGCACGAGAUCGCAUCUGGAUGAAUGCAGUCGACACUGGCUGGAUCUCGGACAUGAACCCGGUCUACCGAUCACAGCGCAUUGCCAACAAGUACGGCCAAGUGUUCAGAAAUCCCAUCGAUGAGGUGGACGGCGCCGCCAGGAUACUCGACCCGGUGUUCGCGCGGCUGAACGAGGGCAAGCUCUACUUUGGCAAGUUUCUCAAGGACUACCGACCUUCGGCCUGGUAG